AAAUGUUGAAAGUUUCUGAAGUCUCUGGCAAAUUAAUAGAUGCGACAGUAAACAUAAACAAAGAGACAGAAACGUGAUCAACGACGACGGCGACGAAGACGGCGAAGUUUACGGCGGAGACGAAAACUCUUAACGAUCAGCUUGUCUGACAUUUCACGGCGGCUGAGAUUUCAGCUUCUCCGAUCCGCUUCAUCUGUUUGUGUAAUCAUGGUGAUCGCGGCUACUUCUUCUUUUUCCCUUGGUCCAUCACAUUACCAUCAAUCUUACACGGAUGAGUUCUCUUCCUCCAUGCCUUACAAAAGAAACGGCAGCGCAAGAAAUCGUGUAUUUGAUGGAUGUGGCUCUGCUAAUCUCUCUGUUUUAAGUUCCAGGUGCAAGAUUCCUUUUCUUGGAUCUGCAUUUCAUGUAUCGACUGGUGGACAUGACCUUGGCCUCACAAAAGUUUCGGUUGCUGCUGAUUAUUCUGAUUCGGUUCCUGACUCAUCUUUCUACGGCUAUCAUCCUCUCGAAGAAUUGAAGCCCAGCAAAAGAGUCCAGGAGACAAAACUCUCCGCUCCUGAAGUAGCAAGAACUACGGUCGAGGCUAACAGCAGUGCUGUGCUGGUUUUUCCUGGAGCUAUUCACUGUGAACCACAUGAUCAGAAUUCAUGGUCUGAGUUUAAGUAUGUCAUUGAUGAUUAUGGAGAUAUCUUUUUCGAAAUUCCUGAUGAUGAGAACAUCUUAGAAGAUCCUGGAGCUAGUAAUCCAGUGAAAGCCUUUUUUGGAAUGGAUGUCCCGCGAUACGAAAACGCACGGCUCCAUGAGGAAUAUAACAUGUCGGACAUUGGUAAUCUUGACCAAAUUAUCUUUGAUGACCAUUAUUUCGAGAUUAUGGAUUCUGAAGCUCGAGAUAUUCCGGUCGAUUGGGGAAUGCCUGACACUUCCAACGGGGUUCAUCCUAUUUACUUUGCCAAACACCUGUCCAAGGCCAUUAGCGUGGACUAUGACAGGAAAAUGGACUAUCCGUCUAAUGGUGUAUCCAUACUCGGCUGCCUUAGGCCUGCUUUCCUUGACGAGGAAUCCUAUAUAAGAAGAUUGUUUCUCUCGGAAGAUAGAGAUGAUUAUAGCUGGGAUGUUCAAGGCGAUGAUAAUCCAAGCACUAGUUCUAGACGUGAGGAGAACGAUAUGAGUUCAAGUCUAUAUAGAUUAGAGAUUGUGGGAAUAGAGCUUCUUUCCCUCUAUGGAGCAGAGUCUUCUAUAAGUUUGCAAGAUUUUCAAGAUGCUGAACCAGACAUCCUAGUGCACUCUACUUCUGCAAUCAUAGAGCGCUUCAACAACAGGGGGAUCAACUCCAGCAUUGCCCUAAAAGCUCUCUGCAAAAAGAAGGGUCUUCAUGCAGAGGAAGCUAACCUGAUCAGUGUUGAUAGUCUUGGUAUGGAUGUGAGAGUUUUCGCAGGUGCACAAGUCCAAACCCACCGUUUCCCUUUCAAAACCAGGGCUAUGACAGAAAUAGCAGCAGAGAAGAAGAUCCACCAGCUACUGUUCCCUCGUUCACGCAGAAGGAAAAUGAAGUCUCAUGAAGAGAGUUUGAAGGAUGCAUAUCGUUGAGAACCAUUACUGAUCAAAAAUCAGUAAACCAAAACAAACAAGUAAACAGAGAAGGAGCUGUUUUGCCACUGGAUCUGUCUGGUAACUUACACGAGCUCUUUGCUCUGACGUUUGUGUACAUAACGAUGAGCUUUCAAGUGACCGUACUAGAGCUGUGUGGAGAUGCAGCUUCUUACACUGUAGUAGUAAGUUUAAGAAAAAACUUAAGAAUAAAUAGAAGUUGAUACAUUUGAAGUAACUUCUAUAAUGAGUCCAAUGUUGUUCUCAAAAAAUCUUACUUUGUUGUUUACAAUUAAAUAAAUUAACAUCAAAUAAAGUCUUUUUGCUCUUUACAGUU